UAUUUGAGGUAAUGAGACCUGCCCAGACCUUCAGGCUGGUAAUAGCGGUGUUUCAGUCUGUGGAGCUGCAGUUUCAUUGAGUCCAGCUCUUUUCUCUGUCAGACAUGGGAACACAGUCUCCUCACUGGCUUAUCCUCGUGCUCACCCUCAGCACCCUCUUCCUGUGGCUUGAGUCCACCUCUACAAAGGGACACAACUCCACUGUGAUUAAAUUUGGGAAGUGUCCACGCCGAUUGGUGGUUGCAGUGACAAAACGGGGAUGCCGGUGUGAUGCAGAUUGUCCUGGGCCGGAUAAGUGCUGCGUGUUUGAUUGUGGGGCCGUGUGUGUGCCCCCAGCAUUCAGAAAACCUGGGAUCUGUCCUCGGAGGCACGGUGGAGUUGGAGUGUGUGCUGAAUACUGUACGGAUGACAGUGACUGCCCGGGGGAUGAGAAAUGUUGCAGUAAUGGAUGUGGCCAUUCAUGCACUGCUGCACAGAAAGUGAAACCAGGAAGAUGCACUCUGCCUCGGGGAACAAAGAUGUGUGCCGAAUUUUGCCAACACGAUGGAGACUGCCCAGCGGAACAGAAAUGCUGUAAAACCACCUGUGGACAUGCCUGUUCCGAACCUUGUUAGAUAAAUUCCUGAGCCCUGUCAGCAUCUCCCUGAAAUAUCGUUAUCGCUGUAGCAUGACCCUGUGUAAUCCCUGCUGAAAUACUGUUUUGCUGAAAUUAUACCAGAGCUUUGCUGAAGUCCUGAUAGAUUCUGAUAACAGCAAUAUUGGAAUUCCUUCAGGAGCAUUUCUGGAGAAUCCAGAGGUUCGCUGUUGCAAUCUCCACAGCGAUGUUUUAGCCGAUCAAAUCACCUUUUUCCUCUUCAGUAUAAAUUGUUGUGAUAGCUUGAAAUUUUACAUUCUUGCAUUUAAUCCUGACAUGUCAGUGACAUGUCUCUCUUUUCAGCAACAGCUCUGUAUUAUCUGCAAAUGUAGAUACAUGUUUUCAUUGACAUAUUUUUUCUAAGAUUUGAAGAACUGAAGCCCCAGCACUGAAUAUUACAACACUGCACUGUUGUGCAGUGCACUGAUGAUUGCCCCAAUUAUCCCUACACUCUGCUUCUUGUUGAUUCAUUAAUUCUCUACCCUUACUAUAACAUGUAACCCACAAUUUUAUAAACAAAGCUUUUGUAUACAUCUUUACUGAAUGCCUUUUGGAAAUCCAAAUAGGCUACAUCUACCGGUUCCCCUCUAUUAACCCUCCUAGUUGCGCCCUCAAAAAAUAAACUUGAAUACAUUUGUCAAA